AUGUCCAUCAUCCAUCAUUCACCAGGUCCCCAAACCGACUUCGGCAGAGGCCCGCACUGGCUACAUGAAAGUCCUUUCUUACCACCGCUGUGGGAGACAGUACAGGAUGUAGGGGCUCCAUCUCUGAAGCAUUCGGCCAUGAAAAGCAUUCUGUCCGACCAAUCGCGGCUCAAACGAGAGCAUUUCGCACAUAUUCCCUGGCUCCUUGCAAAGUACCUUUGGGAAUGUCUGGGGAAAUGCCAUAAACAAACCUUGCAUAUGUGGAAGAUGAUGGCGGACUUAUAUCCUAUCGAGUUCCACAAGAUCAGCCCAGAAUAUUGCCUCAGAGUUGACUCGCCAAAAGAACCAAUGAAGUGCUACAUAGAUCUACUAAAUAGUGAUGUCGGCAAUUGGCAAGCAAUGCUUGCGAUAUCUAGCGCACAUGCCACCACAUCGGAUCUGGUUGCGAUUGGAAACCUGAAGAACUUGGUCGCCUUGGACAUUUAUCCCACCAAAAGGACACCCAAGCCUGAAGACAUGGAUGAAGGUCGAGGAUUAGGACUUGACGAUCGGAUUCUACGCACGUGGCUCGAAGUAGCCGAUGCCACUGGAUCUUUGCAGCAAUUACGCUUUUUGAGGCUUGUCAAUCAGCCCAGAUUGACGAUACAGGCUCUCGAGAUAUUGGCCCAGUUGCCAGAUCUUCAACAUUUGGCUCUCAUGGGAUGCCCUAAAUUCCAGAAAAUAGCUCAUAGCAAUCGUGACCAGUUCGGCGAAUGGUUUGCUUCUAAAAGCCAACCGUACCUCCAACCGCUUCCUGAACACUAUUCAAAGUCGCGUCCGGUCACGAAUGGUAGCUGUUUGCCUUGGAGAGCUCGAGUCCUAAAGAAGCAUAAUCUGGAGGAAACAAUAGGUGGAGUUGAGAGCCUCCCAGGUUUGGACUCGGAUACUCCUCUUUUGGAGUUCGAUCUAUCCCCUACGCCCCUUUUGCCCAUUGGAAAUCUCAUCCCGCCUGAGGUUUUCGAGAAGCUUGCUGACCGCGGCGAGAUCACCAGCCUCAUCCACAAGAUCCGCGAUAUCAUCGCGCUUCACUUCAUCGAUAUCAUUAAGACCGGUAUUGCGGACGCUAAGAGCAGCGCUGCGCUUAGAGGCUGCUUCAGCGAGGGAGGUCGCCUCGUCGAUGAAUUUACUGAAUGCAUCUGUGGCAUCGGAGAUGUGAUGCUCGUCCCCUCUCACGAUGACAUUGACUCGACCGACUUGAGGUUCCGUAUUACGCUUGAUGCUUGCACCAAGGCCGACCAGCCCAUUGAUGUCGAUGUCACCAUUGGGUCUGGGAGCCGCGGCCGCAGCAGCAGCCAGCGAAAUCGCGAAAAGAGAGAGAAAAACGCAUAG